AUGCACUACUCUCAGCAAUGGAUUGUCAUGGGCAUAAUAAUAUGUGCAUCUUUUGUACACACCUUUGUGCCUGUGGAACCUCAUCCCAUAGCUGAUAAAAUCACAAGUCUGCCAGGGCAACCUCAAGUCAGUUUCCAACAAUUUUCUGGAUACAUCACCAUAGAUGAAAAGCAACAGAGAGCUCUUUUCUACUACUUUGUUGAAGCUGAAGUGCAGCCAGCUUCAAAGCCACUUGUUCUCUGGCUAAAUGGGGGGCCCGGUUGUUCAUCUUUUGGAGCAGGAGCUUUCCUUGAGCAUGGCCCCUUUAUAGUGAAGGGAGACAAUCUGGUCAGGAAUGAGUACAGCUGGAAUAAAGAAGCAAAUAUGUUGUACCUGGAAUCACCGGCAGGAGUUGGUUUCUCUUACUCUGCUAAUAAAUCAUUCUACACCUAUGUGAACGAUGAGAUAACAGCACGAGACAAUCUUAUAUUUCUGCAACGCUGGUUUGCCAAAUAUCCAGAAUACCGAGACAAAGAUUUUUUUAUCGCAGGAGAGAGCUAUGCAGGUCACUACGUGCCCCAACUUGCCCAGCUCAUUAUUCAGUCCAAUGUGAAGAUCAAUUUGAAGGGAAUAGCUGUAGGGAAUGCUCUUCUUGAUUAUUACAGUUUUAUCACCUCACCUGGCGAGUACUAUUGGUCUCAUGGCUUGAUAUCUGAUGCUGAUUAUCAACUUUUCACUGAAGUAUGCAACGGUUCUGAGAUCAUGAGCGGCAGUAUAAACAGAGAAGUCAGUACUGCUUGUUAUAAUGCAUCUGAAGAACUCUACGCACAACUUGCCCGUACAACCGGGAUUGAUCUAUAUGGUGUCAUUAGUGAUGUGUGUCUAUCACCUGUUAAGUCACAAAUUGACAAGCUACAUGAACCCCUCUUGUCCAGAAUUCAAAAUUUGUCAUCUCUCCAUUCAAAACAAGAGGCUCUUAGUCAACAGCAACUUAAAACAAAGGAACUGAUCUGUGGAGAAGGUAUCACACACAACUAUUUUAACAGGAAAGAUGUGCAGAAGGCUCUCCAUGCCCAGCUCCUCGGAGUCCAGCAAUGGACUUUAUGCAGCGAAGUUCUACAGUAUGAUUUUGCAAACCGAGAGAUACUAACAAUUCGUGUUGUGGGCUCACUUGUCAAGAUUGGCAUCCGAGCCUUGGUUUACAGUGGAGAUCAAGAUGCAACAAUCCCAUUUACAGGGUCUCGGACACUGGCAAAUGAAUUAGCAAAGGAGUUGGGUCUGAAAACAACUGAGCCAUACAGACCAUGGUUUGAGGGAGAACAGGUAGGUGGAUGGACACAAGUUUAUGGUAACAAUCAGCUAUCUUUUGCCAGCAUAAGAGGAGCUUCACACACAGCUCCAUCGACGCAACCAGCGAGAUCAUUUUCACUGUUUAAGGCAUUUCUCUCAGGAAAGCCACUGCCAAACGCAUGAACUUAUCAAGAUCAUGAAUAAAAUAAGAAUGUGCUAGCAUUAUUAAUCUGCGCGUCAUUUAUUUGAAUAGCAAAGGCAUGUAUUCAUGAAAUUGCAUUAAAUAAAUAUGUAUGCACUUGUAUUAUUUAUCUGAAAACAUUCUCUCAA